AUCCCUUGGAAAUUUAAGCAACUCUUUUUUAUUUAUUUAUUGUGAUAACAAGAAUACUGUGUGUUGAAUAGUGGAGUACUUAGCUAGCCCGCUACCGUUAGCGUGUCAUGCUCUCUGGCUAACAUAUGUCAUGUUAGCUAGCUUGCUAUAGACAGAUUGCCAGUGCCAGCACGUGAAAUAGUAGCUAACCUAAGCGGACCGUAUUUAGCUAUUUAACGGUUCUGAAGGAGACCUAGUGACAACAUUAUUGACCAAUCAUGGUGAAGAAGAAGCGCAUCCGCCUUAUCGCUGAGAUGGCCCGGAAGAUCCGUGUGUACCGGGAGCUUAAGAAUCGGCCACGGGAGUCUGAGAAGUAUGCACUGGACUACGACACCAUGACGCGACCGCACACCAGGAAGACCCUGCCCGUGCUUGCCUGGCAGGACGUGAGGAGAGAGAGCCGUCUCUUCUCCCUGCUGUCUGGCCUCAGGAUGUUCGGGGUGGGCCACCUGUUCACACGCAAGUCCUGGCUGACAGAGCACCCUGAAGCACCUAGCUACUGGCAGGUCACCAAGGUCAAGGUGGACUACACUGCAGAAAACAUGGACCACGGCAGAGCAUGGGGAGUCCUGACCUAUAAAGGCAAGCAGGAGAGUGAAGCGAAGGAGAUGGACAAGGUGAUGUACCAUGACUGGCGUCUGGUGCCCAAACAUGAGGAGGAGCAGUUCAAACUCUACAACCCUGUUCCCGAGCCCCCCAUACGCUAUGUGUCGUACCCGCCCCUGCUCCGUGCCAUGCUCCUCGCCCAGCGGCAGAAAGAUGAGCUAGGGUCGGCAGCUGAGGAGCCAACCUUACCCCUAAAGAGGGAUGUCCUACUCAGCAAAGAGUACUUCAGAAGUCAGGAGAAAAAGAGGGAGAGGCAGGAGGGGACAGCAGUGUGAGAGAGGGGUCAAGCGGAAAGGGGGUGAAAGGUUACCAUUAAGGGACUGAUGUCAACUUGGAUAGAUCAUAGGCUGCGUUCUGUUUCUCAAAGUAUUGAAUUGGUGCAAGCAUGGCGUUUUGACCAUAUCCUUUGCACCAAUCCAUUCCAUUUAAAUCCAUGAGAAGGUGUAGGAGUGCACAUCUCAGGAAAAGGGUAGAGCAUUGGACCACAGCUAUAGCCGUUUUCCUUUACAUUCAUAUGAGCCUUCUAUAACAAUUCCACUGAAUAGAAAGAAUUUGGAUUAUCAGAUGGACUUGAGUGACAGCUUGCUGUAAGGUUUCCACAACUGGCACUUGUCUCUUGUGCAUAUUGUGAUGUGAUGCUUGUGUGUUUGUAUUGUAAAUAGUAAAAUAUAAUACUACAUUAUGAAAAGAAUGGGCACUCUUAGUUUUUCUUAAAAUGGAUUCAUUCUAACUGGAUGACUGGGUUAAGAUCGAUAAUAAAUAAAAACUAUUGUCCCACCCA